AUGCAGCCUUGGCGCGCGCCGCUGAAUGCGUAUGGACGCUAUGCGUACCGCGCGCCAGAUGUCGCGGUCGACCAUCUUAUAAUAGGUGCGGGUGCUGUAGGACUCGCGAUCGCGAAUGCGCUCGCGCGAAGGUGGCCGGACAAGACGACGUACAUUGUCGAGCGGCAUGCUACGUUUGGCCAGGAAACAAGCUCGCGGAACAGUGAAGUGAUUCAUGCUGGGCUAUACUACCCACGCGACUCACUUAAGACGCGAUUUUGUCUUGAAGGACGUGAACUGCUGUACAAACGCGCGGCACAGCACGACAUCCCUGUAAAACAAGUCGGGAAACUCGUCGUUGGCACCGCCGCAGAUCGCGACUACUUGGCGUCGCUCAAGGCGCACUGCGAUGCGCUCGGGUUACACAUGCCCACAGAGCUUCUAGACGCCCGUGCAGCGCAUCACCUUGCGCCUGACCUGGCGGACGAGAUCGAGUGUGCGCUCUUUUCUCCGCGCACAGGCAUUGUCGAAUCGCACGCACUGAUGGCGUCGUUCGCUGCUGAGCUCGAUACGCUCCCUAGCGGCGAGUCCCCUGAAGCAGAGCUUGUGUAUGGCACAUCAGUAGUGCGUGUCGAUCCAUACGAGGGUGCGGCGUCCGGUGUGCAGGGAUGGGUCGUCCAGACGCACACCAGCGGCGCGGCGGAGCACGAUACAGACGCUCUCCUCUGCAAAGUGCUCAUCAAUGCAUCCGGCCUGAAUGCGCCGCGCAUUUUAAAUACAUUUUUGCACGAUGCACGUAUCCCCGAGGCCGACUGGAUCAAUAUGUAUUUUGCAAAAGGCAACUAUGCCAGCUAUCGAGGUCCGGGGGUCGGACAUGUACAGCAGCUCUUGUACCCCAUACCGUCGCAGGCAGCCGCGCAUGCCCAUCAGUCUCUCGGCACGCACCUCACUCUUGAUAUGCACGGCAGUGUGCGGUUUGGUCCGGACGUAGAAUGGCUUGCUCCGCCCGAGGGCGGGUCCGAAGACGAAUUUUGGGCAUCGGCACUGGCCCCGCGUGCAGACGACGCAUGGUUCGAUGCGAUGCACCACGCGAUCCGCCAGUUCCUUCCGGGCGUUGCGCGCGAUGGACUUGCACCGGACUAUUGCGGGAUCCGACCGAAAUUGGUGGGGCCCGACGCGCGCACGUUUGUCGACUUUCAGCUGCUAUGGCACGCCAGUACGGGCUUGGGUGGCCAGCGACUUUGGCAGUAUGCAUUGCCCGAUGCGCCUGGUGCGGGCGCAAUGCUCAGCUUGCUCGGAAUCGAGAGUCCGGGCCUGACAUCGUCGCUUGCGAUCGCCGAGCAUGUUGCCGAGCAGCUUGCCCAGCGCGUAUGGGGCGCUAAAAAUCCAUCAGGAAAAGCGCGCAAGUACGUGGAUGAUAUAGGACUAGAUAGUUUGGAUGGAUGGGCCUAG